GUCUGCUGGUCACCCGUGUGUACCGUCGUCGUUGUCUCGAGUCCCUUCUUUCACUGCGGCGCGUAUCAAUUUACCACUGAUUAAAUUUAGACUUGCUACUAUCACCGCACCCAAGACCAUAACCGUCCAGUUUCGUAUCAAACCUCAACCGGAAUGGAAGUGAAUCUCCUGCAUGUGGCAGUACUGGUGGCGAUCAUCGCCUUCCUGUACCGCUGGAUAACGCGCAACAAUGACUACUUCCACGAUAAACCGAUCCCAUCGAUGGCCGUUACGCCAUUCCUGGGUGCUUCUGGACCUCUCAUGCUGCGAAAGGUCACCUUCAUCGAGUUCAUUCAAUCGAUAUACAACAAAUACCCUGGAGUGAAGGUCUUCGGCAUGUUCGACACGAUCACGCCGUUCUUCGUGAUCCGCGAUCCGGAACUGAUCAAGCAGAUUGCUAUCAAGGACUUUGAUCACUUUGUUGAUCACCGUCCAACGUUCGGACUGGACGAUGAAACGGUAGAACAUCCGAAGGCGCUGUUCCGUAAAACGUUGGUCUCGAUGACCGGUCAGCGAUGGAAGGAGAUGCGCGCUACGCUGAGUCCGGCCUUCACUGGAAGCAAGAUGCGACAGAUGUUCUCGCUGAUGGGUGAAUGCUGUGACGAAAUGAUGAAGCACUACCUGGACAAGGCGAAGGGUACGGGAAGGGUGGAAGUCGAAAUGAAGGAUUUGUUCGGUCGAAUCAGUAUCAACGUGAUUGCGUCGUGUGCCUUCGGGAUCAAGGUGGACUGUUUCAAAGAGCAGGAAAAUGAGUUCAUGUACCAUGGGAAGAAGAUGAUGGGUUUUGGACGGCCCGUGGUGAUUGCUAGGAUGUUGAUCAUGCGUCUUUUUCCAAAGUUUGCUUCGAAAUUCGGGAUCGACUUGCUCGAUCGAGAGCAAGCUGAUUACUUCACACAAGUUUUCCAAGAGACGAUCAGAGCUCGUGAAAGCCAUGGAAUUAUUCGGCAUGAUAUGAUCGACCUGCUUCUACAGGCUCGCAAGGGCACGCUGAAGUAUCAGGAGGAAAAGGAUGACCAGGAAGGGUUUGCUACUGUUCAGGAGUCAGAUGUGGGCAAAGUGGAAAUGUCGAAGAGUAUGACCGAAGCCGAAAUGAUCGCGCAGUGCUUGAUAUUCUUCCUCGGUGGAUUCGACACUGUUUCGAGUUGUAUCAUGUUUACUGCGUACGAGUUGGUUCGCAAUCCAGAAGUUCAACAGAAGUUGUACGAAGAAAUUGUGCAAACGGACAAGGAACUGGGGGGAAAGCCGCUGAGCUACGACGCACUGCAGAAGAUGAAGUACAUGGAUAUGGUAGUGUCGGAAAGUCUGAGAAUAUGGCCUUUGGCGCCGGCUACCGAUCGUCUGUGCACUAAAGACUACACGGUCGAUGACGGUCAGGGUUUGAAAUUCACGAUCGACAAGGGAACGUGCGUUUGGUUCCCAGCCGCUGGACUGCACCACGAUCCACAAUAUUUUCCCAAUCCAGAGCGGUUUGAUCCGGAGCGGUUCAACGAUGAAAACAAGCGGAACAUCAACCUGGGAGCGUAUUUGCCGUUCGGUAUCGGUCCAAGAAACUGUAUUGGAUCGCGGUUUGCGCUGAUGGAGGUCAAGGCCGUCAUGUACUACAUUCUGCUGAAGUUUACGAUUGCUCGCAGUGCCAAGACCCAGAUUCCGGUGCAGCUACGGAAGGGAUUUACCAACGUGGGCCCCGAUCAUGGAAUGCACAUGGAACUGAAGUUGAGAUGAACUGUGCAAAAUGCAGUCAAAUGAAGUCAAAGUUUUAACUGAAUGGCAUUACACGUGACUAGGGUUAAUAAUCUAAAUAAAAGGACGUUUACGAUUCCGGGA